GGGAGAGCACGUUCAUCUGAAGUCACUCCGUUUAAUUCUCAUCUUUCUCUGCCAAACUCCAAUAAAGAACCGACAAGAUGGCAUACCCAUACCCACAACAAGCUGGGGGACAGCUUCCAUUUGUGCUGAAUCCACCUUUCCCGUACAUGAGCGCCAUCUAUGGAGGAUCCAUGGCUCCAGGGAGGAUGAUUUUCAUCCAGGGAUUUGUACCAGCAGGAGCUGACAGGUUCCACAUUAACUUGCAGUGUGGCACCAGCACAAAUCCAAGAUCAGACGUAGCCCUGCACUUCAAUCCCAGAUUCGGGGCCAAGACGUGCGUGCGAAACACCCUUAAGAAUCAGAAGUGGGGUGCUGAAGAGAGGGGCCAGUCUCAUUUCCCUUUCAAUUUCAACCAGAACUUUGAGAUUAUUAUACUCUGUGAAGCAAACCAGUUCAAGGUUGCUGUGAAUGGACAGCACUUCAUUGAGUACAACCAUCGCGUCAAGAACCUGAACCGUAUCGAUACCAUUGCCAUUGAUGGCAAGGUACAGAUUCACUCUAUUAGGUUCCAAGGACAGUCUGCUGGGUACAUCCAUGGAUCUGGCAGCAUCCUUAACCCAUCUAUGCCACAUACCGGACCAGUGGUGGGUGGAAUGACUCCGGGCAGACUUAUCUUCCUCAGUGGGAAAGUACGAGCCAACCCAGAUAGGUUUCAUGUGAACCUACAGUGCGGUGCUGGUGUCAAGCCUCGCCCAGACAUUGCGCUCCACUUUAACCCUCGUUUCCAAGCUCAGACGGUGGUACGCAACACACUGCAGAACCAGUCUUGGGGAAGUGAAGAGAGGAAUGCCUCCUAUUUCCCAUUCGCUCCUAAUGGAUUCUUCGAGCUGAUCAUCUUGUGUGAGAUGAACUCCUUCAAGAUUGCAGUCAAUGGCCAGCACUUCCUGGAGUACGCUCAUCGUCUUCCAUUGCAGAACGUCAACACCCUGGUCAUUGAUGGUGCUGUCGACAUCCACCAGAUCCGCUUCCAGUAAAUCACAAAAGUUCUACAAAAAUCAGGGAAUUUCCCACCCUAGAGCAAUUAGUGUGAAUGUAGUUGAGAAAAUGUUUCUGCAAAGGAUGCACCAUUUGAGAUGGUUUUGUUGAUGGUUAUGAAUAACUACCAACAACAUUUAUUUGUAUUAAUGUAGUUGAAAAGAAGAAAAUAGACAAACCAGUACUAAACUGAGGAAAGGCUUUUUCAAGUAAAAGAUUUAUAUAGCCAUGGAUAAUGUAUAUCAGAUUUAUUCUUACAGCCAGCAUUGGUGCCUUUACAGUAGAAGGUAUUUUGUAUGAAGUACUAUCUUUAAUCAAACAAUAAUAAAGAAAAUGUAUACUUUUUACAUCUGUGAUCUUCAUUUCAUUUGUUAUUAGUUUAGUGAUUCUUUUAAUUUGCUGACAUUUUAUAGUAUGUUACAGUAAUCAGGCAAAUUAUGUAUUAUGUGUAUUACAUAGAUAGUGAAAAAUUCAAGGUGUUAACAAUAGAACUCCAUUACGAACCUCCCAUUUUAUACAUCUCAAAUCACAUAUGAAUGUUGACAAGUUCAUGUAUGGUAUAACUGAAGUGUACCAAUUACUAACAAAUAUUUUGCUCUGUAUGUUUAGGGACCCAUGUCGCCAUUUUUAUAUUCAAAACUAGAGUUUCAAAUGUUUGUUCUUUAAAGAGAUAUUGCAAGUAUAAAUGAACCCUACUUCACAUAAUACUCGUGAGUAGACUAUUCAAUGCACGUACACGCUCGCAGAGAAUAACACCCGCACAGAACCCCAAGUCUGACUCAGCUUACACGUCAGGGUUCUUUGUCCUUUAUUUUCUUCAUACUCCUUUACCUUUGGCCCAUAGAAUGCCUGGUAAAAAAUAUUGGUCGAUUUUAAAUACAUGUAGUAAUAAUAAUAAUACAAUAUAACAGAGCAUUUUCAUAAAGCACAUACAAAUCACUUAAUAUAUACUCUCUCGCCGUAGAUAAUUAUUUUCACAGGUUAUUGGCACACUUCAAAAAUGGGAUGUUAUAUUAAAGGUUAUCGUUUUCCCCAAUUUUGUUGAUUAUUGCAAUGUUGAUUUAUCUUGCCUAUGAUUGAAAGAAGUAAAAAUGAAUCAGAUGAAAGCCAGAAGGAUGUUAAAUGAGUUCAACGUCCUUCUCAAUCCCAGUAGACAAUCUAUUUUUGUGAAUAUUUAGUCAUUGAUUUAAGUUACAGACAUGAUUACGUAUUGAUAGUACAUUACUUAAGGUUUCAUAUGAAUCUAGAAACUCAAGAUUUGUUAUUUUUUUCAAUAUUUUUAAAAAUAUAGUUAUAGAUAUAUAGUUAUAGAUAUAUGCUAUUUUAAUUAAACAUAUAACUUUUCUUUAUUGUUUCAAUAAAUUCAUAUCAAAUACA